AUGGAUUCAGAUUCUGACGAAACCUUAUCCGAUGAAAAUGAUAAUUCAAUUAGUUCUGAUGAACUUGAAAGAAGUGAUUCCGAAGACGAUGAUUCAUUAGUCGAAGAAUUCAGGCAAAGUUCAAUGGACGAUUGGGAAUGGAAAGUUAAUAACUCAAGUUUUUCUGCCUCAUUUAAUUAUUAUGAUGGACAUGCACUAGGAAAAAGCAAUGUAAUUCAACCAAUAGAUUCAUUUUUCACGUUUAUAUCUCAAGAUUUGAUCAAAUUGAUUACUCAUCAAACCAACAUUUAUGGAAAACAACGUUGUGUUGAAAAAGGUGAAGAUGCAAAAAAUUGGAAAGAAAUUAAUGAAAAUCAAACACAUGCAUUUCUCGGUCUCUUAUUUAUCAUGGGAUUUCACAAGCUGCCGAGAACUUUCUCAGUAUUUUGA